GCGCGUCGCGACCGCCGUACAGCAGAUUACUCAUUCACUGCAACGAGUGAGCAAGUGUUCUGAACGGAACGCAACUACCGCAACACAAUCAUCAUGCCUAUCGGCAGAAAGUCUGACGUGCCGGCCAUCGGCAUCGACUUGGGCACCACGUAUUCCUGCGUGGGUGUCUUCCAGCACGGCCGCGUCGAGAUCAUCGCCAACGACCAGGGCAACCGCACGACGCCGAGCUACGUAGCCUUCACGGAUACGGAACGGCUGAUCGGCGAUGCUGCCAAGGCGCAGGCGGCCAUGAACCCGGAGAAUACGGUGUUCGACGCCAAGAGGCUCAUCGGGCGCCGCUACGACGACCCCAAGAUCCAGGAAGACAUCCGCCACUGGCCCUUCAAGGUGGAGAACGACUGUGGCAAGCCCAAGAUCAGCGUCGAGUUCAAGGGCGAGCGCAAACGCUUCAACCCGGAGGAGAUCAGCGCCAUGGUUCUGACCAAGAUGAAGGAGACGGCGGAGGCAUACUUGGGGAAGCAAGUGAGCGACGCCGUCAUCACGGUGCCUGCUUACUUCAACGACUCGCAAAGGCAGGCCACCAAAGACGCCGGUGCCAUAGCGGGUCUCAACGUGCUGCGCAUCAUCAACGAACCGACCGCAGCCGCUCUCGCGUACGGACUCGACAAGAACCUGCGCGGUGAGAAGAACGUCCUCAUCUUCGACCUGGGAGGCGGAACCUUCGACGUCUCCGUGCUGACCAUCGACGAGGGCUCCUUGUUCGAGGUCCGCUCCACGGCUGGAGACACGCACCUGGGAGGCGAAGACUUCGACAACCGGAUGGUCGAGCACUUCGUGCAAGAGUUCCAGCGCAAACACCGCAAGGACCUCCGAAAAAAUCCGAGAGCGGUGCGGAGACUGCGCACCGCCUGCGAGCGUGCCAAGAGGACCCUGUCCAGCUCCGCCGAGGCGAGCAUCGAGAUCGACGCGCUCUUCGAAGGCAUCGACUUCUACAGCAAGAUCACCCGCGCCCGGUUCGAGGAGCUCUGCAUGGACCUGUUCCGAAGCACGCUCGAACCGGUGGAGCGCGCACUCAGCGACGCCAAGAUGGACAAGUCUCAGAUCCAGGACGUCGUGCUGGUGGGCGGCUCUACGCGGAUCCCCAAGGUGCAGAAGCUGCUUCGGGACUUCUUCAACGGCAAGGAACUAUCCAUGGGCAUCAACCCGGACGAGGCCGUCGCGUACGGAGCCGCGGUGCAGGCGGCCGUCCUGAGCGGCGACUCGAGCGAGGCCAUCCGCGACGUGCUGCUGGUCGACGUGGCUCCGCUGUCCCUGGGAAUCGAGACGGCUGGCGGAGUGAUGACGCGCAUCGUGGAACGGAACACGCGCAUCCCUUGCAAGACGUCCAAGACCUUUACCACUUACGCGGACAACCAACCCGCAGUCACCAUCCAGGUCUUCGAAGGCGAGCGUGCCCUCACCAAGGACAACCACCUGCUGGGAACGUUCAACCUGAACGGCAUCCCACCGGCUCCUCGUGGCGUUCCCCAGAUCGAGGUGACCUUUGACAUGGACGCCAAUGGAAUCCUGCAGGUCUCGGCUAAGGACAUGAGCACGGGCAAGCAGGAGAGCAUCCGCAUCACCAACGACAAGGGCCGUCUCUCCAAGGAGGACAUUGAGCGCAUGCUCGCCGAAGCCGAGAAGUUCAAGCAGGAGGACGAUGCGCAGCGCGAGAGGGUGGCUGCUAGGAACUCCUUGGAGUCUUAUGCCUAUGGAGUCAAGCAGGCAGCUGAAGAAGCAGGAGACAAGCUGUCUGCUGCGGACAAGGACUCCGUGCUCUCCAAGUGCCGCGAGACCAUCUCUUGGAUCGAUGCCAACAGCCUCGCUGAGAAGGACGAGUACGAACACCGGCUCAAGGAACUGCAGCAAGCCUGCAUGCCCAUCAUGAGCAAGCUCCAUCAAGCACAGGGACCAAAGCACAGCUCUACAUCACAACACUCCGGACCCACGAUAGAAGAAGUGGACUAAACGAAUUUAAAUGUAAAAUAGUCACUCAUUUGUCAUAGCAGUGUUUAUCACGUCCUCAUAAUCAUUUAAUUUAUUCCGUGUACAUAAAGACUGUUUUUACUGAAACACCACAAUAAAGGGACAGUUUAUCUUUG